GGGGCGGGUCAUGUUAAGGAAAUUAGCUUCCUAGUUUUUUGUUAACGAAACGGCGGUGCAGAUGGCGACUAAAAUCACUCAAUAAAACGAAUAUUUUGAACACAACUAACUUAGUUCCAUGGUUACAGAUACCCCGUUAACGGAUGGACGUGUCUGUGGAUUUAACACGAAUUCGCUGGAUCUAAAUUUCGAUUUCCUGGUGUCUCGGUGUGGAGGAGACCUGCGCUAGUGUGAUGAUGACUGCCGAGCUGCUGCUGUCGGACCUGGACAGUCGCUUCUGCGCUGAUAACCUGCUAACCAGCGAGGACUGGGAUGCAUGCCUGUAUCAGUAUGAGGAUAUGGAGGAGGGUGAAGAGUCUCGUUUCAUCAGAGAACUGAGUUAUGAUGCAUCGAUGGACAGUGAUCUUGUUCUUACUCUGGACCCUGAUAACCCCACGUCACCCUGGAAAAACCUGGACAACAACCACACAGGUGAACCAUCAGUAAUGAGGGAUGAUAUGACAAUAACACAGCCUCUCCCUGUAGACCUGUUUUUCCAGGUGAAGACAGAACCUCCAUCACCCUCGUCGUCUCUGACCUCCGACAGUUCCAUAGCGUCCUUACCUGAACCUCAGAUGACGGUGAAAAGCGAGAACCCCCCCACUCCUCCGUACAUGUAUGGAGACGUUCUGUCGCCGCCACUGGCCGGCGUGGAGGUGACGGUAGCAAGCAUCACGCCACAGCAUCAGGCUCCACAGGGCUUUCUUUCAUCAUCAGCGACUUUAAAGGCCAGCAGCAUUUUGAGCAGCAAACCGAUCCAGCCCAAACCUGUAUGUGUGACCCAGAGCCCGAGUCCAGCUAAAGCUCUCAUCCUACAGAGUGUCUCUGUACCGCCCAUCGACCAGAACACAACACCUGUGGUUCUGUCUCAGUCGGUUUGUUUGGGUUCUGCUCCGGCUAUGGUUAAAGUGGAGCCGUUACCUGCCAGCAUUCCUCACUGCACCAGUCCUUCAACACAACAACCCAGCAUACCCAUUAUCCCAGCAUCCACCCUGCCUGCCAACAGCUGCAAUGAAUUUGAUGUGAAGGUCCUGAAGAGACAGCAGCGAAUGAUCAAGAACCGUGAAUCAGCCUGUCAGAGCCGGAAGAAGAAGAAAGAGUACCUGCAGAAUCUGGAGGCUCAGCUCAGAGAGGCGCAGAUGGACAACGAGCGGCUGCGGACAGAAAAUCAAGCCCUGCGGCUGCGGCUCGCUUCCAAAGAGGCGAGUGAAUCUGGCAACAAUAAGAGAGCGGUGUGUGUAAUGGGUUUGUUUCUCUUUAUCACCUUCACCUUCGGCCCCGUCAGUCUCAAAGACAGAAGUCUGGACACUGGCUUAGAAGACACAGCUGUUCCGCUAACAGGAAGACACCUGUUAGAUUUCCAGAAUCAUCAAGAGUUGAACAUGAAGCUCGUGAGUGAGAGAUCAGAGAAGACGGAGGGAGAAGAUCAAGAAGAACUGGACAAAGAGUCUGCAGAGUCGUAUCAGUUCAGGAAUCAGAGCGGUGUGUUCAGCGAUGUGAAAGAUCUGCUUCUGCAGGAUUUAGAUCGAUACUUCUCUUCACCCGACUGCAGACAGUUCAAUCGCUCCGAGUCGCUCAGGUUGGUGGAUGAGUUGCGCGGAUGGGUCCACAGACAUCAGAUCAACCGCAAGUCUGGCAGAAAACCGAAGAUCGCCAAGAAGACUAAAAUCGCUCAGAAAGCUCAGCAGAGGAAGACAAACAUUUCCAGGUACCUUCCCGUUCAGGCUCAUCGUUCAAUCGAAAGUCAGUUGCAGGUGUUGCCGGGACCAGAGAUCAGCUACAGUGAUUUUCUGGAUGCUAUUGAUCGGCGUGAGGACACUUUCUAUGUGGUUUCAUUCAGACGGGAUCACCUGCUGCUGCCGGCCAUCAGCCACAAUAAAACAACAAGACCCAAAAUGUCUCUGGUCAUGCCUGCCAUGGCCAUCAACGAUUCUGUGUAUAACUCAUCUCAAGGCGGUUAUGAGAUGAUGAUGCAGGUGGACUGUGAGGUCAUGGACACCAGGAUUAUCCCAAUCAAAUCCUCGGUAGUCCCGCCCUCUCUCCGAGACCCUCCCCCAUCCCCGCCUCCUCACCACAGCAACCACACCUCCCUCCGCAGCAGAAACCCCCAUUCCCAUGGUAAUGUGCCGGCGAGGCGGAGGGGAAUGGGUUAUUUCAUCAGUCAGGGCGGAUCUGUUUGACAGGGUACAAUAAUGGAGGAUAUACUCUGUUAAAAGCUGAGAAAACUGGGGAUUUAUUUUUAGGAUACAUGCACAUUCUUGAUAUUACAGUUACAAAAAAAUGUUAUGAAUGUACCCUCUUAAAAUCUGAUCUCAAUACACUUGAAAAGAGUUCACAAUACAGCACUGAGACAAAAAACUUUCUCCAGACCAUCAAAACCAAUUCAUUGCACUUAAUGCGGCGAGCACAGCAUCUUUGGGAUGCAUACGGAAGUUUAGCCCCAGCCUCGUUCAUACUUUUAUCCCCUAUGUGAUUCAUCAUCUACUGUCUUUUUUAUACGUUCUAUAUUUUUUACAGAUUUUUAUUAAGAUUAUUUAAAAGAAUGAAAUUGAGUUAGAUGUGUCUACUAAAUUCAUUUGGAUAUCAUUUUGUGUCUUUUCUCGCCCAUCACAGGCAGUCACAAACCUACUGUAUAUACCGUACUCUGCUUUCCUCCGUUUCCUUGUUUGCAAACAUCAAAUCUCUGUGCGUGCUGUCCUGUUGUCAGAUCUAAAUUAUUUCAACACUGUCACAUGAAUUGUUAGAUAUUCAGGAGCAGAUUUGUGAAUGAAGGAGCUUGUGUUUGUGUGUGUGAAGGAGCUUGUCAUUGGACAGGCUGUAAGAAUAUUCCCUCUUUUUGCAUGUUGUGUUGUUUUUAGGAUUUUAUGUUUUGAAUCUUGAACGACACUCGAAUGUGUCGCUACUUGACACAAACCACUAUCAUUUUAGUUCCCUUUAUUAGGGCUUACAGCUAAAGUUUUCAAUCUGAAUGAGAAAUGUAAAAAGAUUAAAUAGCAGAUGUCAUAUGUCAUCUAUUGCUUCAGUAUUGGUCAAUUUUUUACAUCACUGAUUUUGUUUCAUUUAUCAUGCAUCAUUCGAUGAAGUCAAUUUUUACCAAUCCAAUACUAUUUAUGUUUGCGACUGAUUUUAGAUUUUGCUAAAGCUGGAAGAAUUUGUUAACAAAGUGGUUUCGGUGAUCCAAAUAACAUACUGUAGUACUCUUUCCAUCAGCUCUUUUAUUGAAAUGCUUUCAUAAGUAAAGGGACAUGAUGUUUGAUGUUCAUUUAGCGUUUCGAGAAUUUUCUGUACAAUUAUGAUGGGAUGUUUUCAUAUUCAUCCGAAACAUUCCCAAGAUGCUCUCGUACUUCUGUUUUCUGUGAUGGAGCAAUGGUGUAUGGACAUUUAGACCUGCUUUUUUACUUUUUUAUUUAAAUGAGCUUUACAAUAAAAACAGGUUUGUUUUCUCUUCCUGACUGUAUAAAACGUUUGAGCUUCAUUUGUAGAGAAGAUAAUAAAUUUGUUAAACACA